AUGCUCACCAGUCAAGAAGGAUAUGACAACGGUGCGGACUCUGGUGCAGGAGGAAGGCCGUUUACGAAUCCAUGGGCUCAGGCUGUGGCCGAUGGUCUUCACCGUAGAGGAGAUCGGAAUGCGUCUAUGAAUAAGAAUACCGAGUAUAUGGAGUCCGGUGAGAAGACACGAGAUCAGAAUGCGGCCAGUCCGAACUUCCACGCAAUCGGAGAUGAUUUUGAGAUAUUUGAGCAGAGUCAACGCGACUGGAAACUAGGGGGUAUGGUCCAGAUGGGGUUCUUCAUUGUGGGUGGUAUUUCAUCGAUUAUAGCGGGGCCGCUAGCAGAUCAAUAUUUCUUGGUAGCAUACAGCGUUGUGGGAGGCGCUGGUAUAGGGUUGGGAUACACAGCGCCAAUGGAUGUGUUAUUCAAAAUGGCUCCCAAUGAAAAACGAGGGCUCUACUCGGGGAUAACGGCCGCAAGUUUCGGCUUGGGUAGCUUCGUGUUCACACAGCUACAGUCGCGUGUGGUGAAUCCGUAUGCGGUCGACUUCACCAUGGAAGACCCUAAUUAUGCAGUAUUGAUUCGUGUGCCGUUUAUGCUGCGAGUAGUGGGCGGAGUCUUGAUGAUUGUGUUGUCGAUAGCGGCUGCGAUCAUUCCUGAUGAGGUCACAGUUAGUCCGACUGCUCAGAAGGUUCAGUUUGACGAAGAUCAGCCGAUAGAAAAUGGGAUCGCUUGGAGGGAAAUGAUACGAACACCUCACUUCUGGCUGUUAGUCAUAGCGUUUUCUGCCAACACUCAAGCAAUAACUUUCGUGGCGUCCACUUUCAAGAUGAUGGGAACGAGCCUGUGUGGUAUGACUGACGCCCAGCUGGUGAAGACCUGGUCAGUAGCAGCAGUGGUGAAUGCUGUUGGGAGAGUCACAACGGGCACUUUCGUUGUCAUGCCGUUAGCCACAGCUAGUUUGUUCGGUCGUGCUAACUUCCAGAAGAACUACGGAGUCGUGUUCAUGAGUUUCGGACUCUCUGCAUUAGUCGCAGCAUGGGCGCUCUCUUUAGAUCACAGUACCUUAUUUGACUUCGACGCUAUCGCCUGCUCUACAGUUGGCCGUCAUCGCGCUGAUCCCGGCUGUUACAGCGGUCAUAGCAUGGCUACUAUCCAAGCUGCCGGCUCCCUCGAAGAGAACAGAUGA